AUGUCCUCCUCCCUCGACUCCCUACAGAACCCUGACCUGGCCGACGAAAUCGAAGCCAUCAAUGCCAUCUACGAGCCCGACACCGUGGUUGUGACCAGCACACCAUCCAACACCACAACUACCACUACAUCAACAUCAGGAUCAACAUCAACAACAUCUACACUCGAUCUCGGCAGCUCCGGGGCCCCGACAAGCGCCCAUUCUACGACCGCGAAACUACAAAUACCCAAUCAUCCACAUCUGUCGUUUAUCCUCGGCUUCGAUACCUCGUACCCCGACACCCCGCCUCGGAUCUUAGGGACCGCGUCGACGGCGUCGCGCGGCGAGGGGAAACUAGCCGUCGAUGUGCUGGAGGAUAUCGUUGGACGAAGCUACCAGCCCGGCGUGGUCUGUCUGUUUGAUGUGAUCAACGAGGCGGUGGAGGCUUUCCAGGAAUUGAAUAUCGGGGGGAGCAGCAGCAACAACCAGAACAGUACCAACGAUGGGGACAAGGGAAACGGAUCAGUGACAGAAUCCGAUGAGACGACACCAGGCCUGAGACCCGAGGAUAUCGCGACUCUCUCGCUCCGCGAUAGUUUCGGGAUCGACAGUCCCCCCGACUGGAUCCUGUCGGACGUGGUGACGGAGAAGAAAUCAGUGUUCGUCGGACGAGUGGCGCGGGUGUCGACGCUUGAGCAGGCUCAAGCAUACCUGGACUAUUUGCUGGCGACGGAGAAGAAAGUAGCUGCUGCAACGCACAAUAUCAGUGCGUGGCGCAUUCGGCAGCAGAAGGCUGUCGCCGGCGGUGCAGGCGGCAAAAGCGACUCUACAGAGAUGAUCGUGCAGGACUGCGAUGAUGACGGCGAGACGGCGGCCGGGGGUCGUCUGCUUCAUCUCAUGCAGUUGAUGGACGUGUGGGAUGUGGUGGUGGUGGUUACGCGAUGGUACGGUGGAAUCCACCUGGGGCCGGAUCGAUUCCGGAUCAUCAACGCCGUCGGGCGAGAUGCUCUGAUCAAAGGGGGGUUUGUCAAGGAGACGGGCGGAGGAGGUAAUGACAAGGGGAAGAAGAAGGGAAAGAAAUGA